AUGGCGAAGUCUUUUCACAAAAUGGAAGUUAAUAAUGGAAAGCAAACAUCUUUUUGGUAUGAUAAUUGGUCGAGUUUGAGCUGUCUUAAAGAUCUUUUGAAUGAAGGAGGAAGUAUAGCUUUGGGUAUUAUGGAGAAUGAAAUGAUGGAGGAUGUUCUGUUGAGACAUAGGAAACGAAGGCAUAGGAUCCAGAUCCUUAAUGAAGCUGAAAAUAAGAUCGAAAAAGUAAAAAGGAGAGCAAGUCAGGAGGAUGAUGUGCCACUUUGGAAGCAGUAUGAUAAUAAAUUCUCUCGACAGUUCUCUACAAAGAAGACUUGGAUGUGUAUUCGGCAACCCAACCGGAAAGUAGCUGGAGUAAAGGUGUUUGGUUUCCCCACUCUACACCUAAUAAAUGGUACUUUUGUGCUUUGUCAAGUGGAGAUGGAAACAUGUCAGCAUCUGUUCUUUAGAUGCCAUUACUCAAGUAAAAUCUGGAGAGAAAUGGUAGAAGGUAUCUUGAAGGAAGAUUACACCACAAGUUGGGAUGAGAACCUCACUAUUAUAUCUCAAGCUAGAAGAUGUCCAACAGAAACCUUCAUUAUACGAUACACUUUCCAAGUUGUAGCGCAUAGUAUAUGGAGGGAGAGGAAUGCUAGGAAGCAUGGUGAGCAACCAUUAGAUGAGAAGUGUUUAGCGAAGAUGAUUGAUAAAAUGGUAAGACUCAAACUGCUACUUGUGAAAGGAAAAGGUAAGAAGUAUUUGGAGGAAGGGUUGAUGAAAUGGUUUGCUACAAGAUUAUGA